AUGGCCGAAAAAACCGCUACUCUUUUAAAAUACCUUGACUUGCCACAAAACGGAAGGGUCGUUGCCGAAUAUUUCUGGAUUGAUUCAGAAUAUAACGUCAGAUCAAAGGGUAAAACCUUAUCUAAGAAGGUCACUUCCCUUGACGACCUUCCAGAAUGGAACUUUGACGGGUCCUCUACUGGUCAAGCUCCAGGUCACAACUCCGAUGUUUAUUUGAGACCAGUUGCUUACUACCCGGAUCCAUUCAGAAGAGGUGACAACAUUAUUGUUUUGGCGGAAUGUUGGAACAGUGACGGCACUCCAAACAAAUUUAACCACAGACAUGCUGCAGAAAAGUUGAUGACUGCUCACGCCAAAGAAAAGACCUGGUUUGGUAUUGAACAAGAAUAUACGUUAUUCGAUCAAUUCGAUGAUGUUUAUGCUUGGCCAAAGGGUGGUUUCCCAGCUCCUCAAGGUCCUUACUACUGUGGUGUUGGUACCGGUAAGGUUUCCGCUAGAGAUGUGAUUGAAGCUCACUACAAGGCCUGUCUCUAUGCUGGUAUCAACAUUUCUGGUAUCAAUGCCGAAGUUAUGCCUUCCCAAUGGGAAUAUCAAGUUGGUCCAUGUGAAGGUAUCUCUAUGGGUGAUGAAUUAUGGGCUUCCAGAUACUUGUUGCACAGAGUUGCCGAAGAAUUCAACGUCAAGAUCUCUUUCCAUCCAAAACCAUUGAAGGGUGAUUGGAACGGUGCUGGUUGUCACACUAACGUUUCUACUGAAGCUAUGAGACAACCAGGUGGUAUGAAGUACAUUGAUGCUGCUAUUGAAAAAUUGUCCUUGAGGCACAAGGAACAUAUUGCUCUUUACGGUGCCGACAAUGAACAGAGAUUGACAGGUAAGCACGAAACUGCAUCAAUGAGCACUUUCUUGUCUGGUGUUGCCAACAGAGGUGCUUCGAUUAGAAUUCCAAGAUCUGUUGCCAAGGAAGGUUAUGGGUACUUUGAAGACAGAAGACCAGCUUCCAACAUUGACCCAUACUUGGUAACUGGUAUAAUGGUUGAAACUAUUUGUGGUUCUAUUAGUGAUGUUGACAUGACUAAGGAAUACGCCAAGGAGUCUGAAGAGUAA